UGGGAUAGUGUGCGUUGCUAUGGGACCGUUUCUAUGGGAACGUUAUGUUGAAGUAUUUUUGAGCUUGUUUUUAGCAAAUGGCUAAUAAUUUGGUCAUUCGAGCACUUAGAGCUCAGGCAAAAUCGUUAAAUUUGAGCUCGAGGAACAUAAAGGAGCUUUUUAAAGAUGGUGUAAAGUUACCUCAGGUUUUGGAGCUCCAUUUAAACAACAAUCUUCUCAGGACUUUGCCUGUGGAGCUGCAGUGUAUGUGGCAGUUGACUGUACUUAACCUGGGAAAUAACACUUUUGAGGAGAUGCCGCAGGUCCUGAAGAACCUUCACAGCUUGAAAAAGUUGUAUUUGUUUGGGAAUCAGAUUUCCACAUUGAAUGUAGAGGUUCUGGAGAGUCUUUCAAACCUCGUCCUUCUCAACCUGAACCACAACAAAAUCAAACUCAUCCCUCCAGCUAUAAAGAGCCUCUCGAAUUUGGAAAGGUUCAGUAUUGCAGACAAUCAGCUUGAGGAGAUUCCUGCUGAGUUCGGGCUGGUCAGUAAGUUGACAGAACUAAAUUUAUCCAGGAACAAGCUGAGUGAAAUCCCACAGGAGUUGUAUAAGUUAAUACAGCUGAGGAAACUGAGCUUGGCUAGAAACAGUCUUAAACUGUUACCAGAGGGAAUAAACGGAUGGAAAAAUCUGAAGACGUUAGAUGUUGCAGGUAACCACCUGUCUAUGUUUCCAGUCAAUUUCCACCUUCUUGAGCUGGAAGAAUUAUACUUUGAAGGAAACGAUCUUGUUCAGUUGAAGCUGUUCACUUCUUCUAAAAAGGAGGAAGUUCUCCCAUUAAAGGAACUUGCUGCCAGAUUCAUCCUGAAAGAACACUUAAAUAAGUCAUCUGUGGUGUCCAGGGCUUCACUUCUCCUUCCAGAUAUACACGCGAUGAUGUCUCGGUUUGGAAGGUGUGCUGUGUGCUUUGAACCCUUUCUGACCCCCUGGGUGGAGUGUGUACAGUUCAUCAGCUUACGCAAGGACAUGGGGAUAAAAAACUCCCAGAAUAUUCCAGUUCGAGUGCUGCUGUGUUCCUCUUCCUGCUUCAACAAGAGCGGCCACUCUUACUACAGCGUCGCUAAAAUAAAGCUGUAGGAGGGGCUUUAUAAUUCUUAUACUUCUCAUUAUUAUUCCAGUUAAUUCAUGUCCUUGUCAAUUCAAGUGCUAUGUCUCCUCUAAGCCUGUCCUGCAGACCAGUUUUCAUUUCUAUAAAAUUUCCUUUAUAAAUUCAGCCACCAGAUGGCAGUGUAUGACCACUCACUGGCUCAGGACGUUGUAGUGAAAGAACUUUCUGUGAAGUUCAUGAAGUUCUUCCAUUCAGACUUAUUACUGCACAUGGACAUGGGGCAUAAAGAUCUAUUCCCUUGUGGGAAAACUGUGAAUGUCUUUAUAUUUAAAACUCAAAAAGUACACAAUGCACUGAAAUACAGCAUGUUGUAUAAACUAUGAACACACACACACACACACACACACACAC